CUGGGGGGGGGGGGGGGGGGGGGGGGGGGGGGGGGGGGGGGGGGGGGGGGGGGGGGGGGGGGGGGGGGGGGGGGGGGGGGGGGGGGGGGGGGGGGGGGGGGGGGGGGGGGGGGGGGGGGGGGGGGGGGGGGGGGGGGGGGGGGGGGGGGGGGGGGGGGGGGGGGGGGGGGGGGGGGGGGGGGGGGGGGGGGGGGGGGGGGGGGGGGGGGGGGGGGGGGGGGGGGGGGGGGGGGGGGGGGGGGGGGGGGGGGGGGGGGGGGGGGGGUUGGGGGGGGGGGGGGGGGGGGGGGGGGGGGGGGGGGGGGGGGAGGGGGGUGA